UGUAGUUGAUAAGUUGAAAGCAAUAGGAUUUCAUUCUGUUCUAGAAAUGUGAUGUGGCUGCUUUUGAUUUUUUUGGCUGUUACGGAUGCAGUCCUUAUUCUUGAAGGCUGCAAAAAUGUUACAGUAUGUGGUCAGUUGCCGUGGUCAGACUGGACUACAUGCAGCCAGUCCUGUGGCGGAGGGUCACAGACCAGGAAGCGAGAGAUCUGUGGUUUACCAGAAUGGAACGAGGAGGAAGUAGAGGAACGUUGCAGGAAACCACUGCGGAUAGAACACAGAGUUUGCAAUGCGGAGUGUCUAAACGGCGGAAUGUUCGUUGAUAUCUGCGUUUGCAAACCUGAAAAUUCUGGUAUGUGCUGUGAAAAUGGUUUAUCUUUUGAGAGCCUUACAACAUCAAAGGAAAAGGCAUCUUCAUUUCUCAGAAAAAGAGGAAGUCGGAGAAAGAGGAGGUCCACGGAAUCUGAUGACUUGCACAUUGAAGAGGAAUGUCAUGAAGCAGCCUCUUGUAGUUAUGAGGAAGUGAGAGAAUGGACUAGUCGCAUGCAUGACCGCAGAAGUGUGUGCCAGUGGAUGAAAGACAGGCGAUGCGGGGGAAAAAAGAUGUGGAUCAGAAUACCGCUGUGAGACUAACGGUGAUUGUUCUAAGUACAGUCAUUAUCAAGCUUGGUGUACAGAAAAAUGUACAGAGGCACCCAAUGUCAUAAACUGCCCAGAUGGAGUACAAGAACUUAAUUUCACUAAACUGACGGAAAAUAUAACUUUCUCAUCAUUUGAUCAUCUUCCUGGUAUAUACGGACAAAGUUGUGACGGCGAGAGAUUGACGGUCAACUUUCCAGAGACAGAACUCACGUGGAGUCGUGAAAUACACACUAUUACAAUGACGGCUAAUGAUAGCCGAGGACAUUCCACCUCGUGUGUUCUUAGUGUCAAAAUCAAUGAUAUGAUCCCACCAUCGUUCUUGGAUUGUCCUUCACUGACCAUUGUGCAGUAUGGUUCUGAUGGCGGUUCUGUUGUUACAUGGUCACCUAUACAUGCUGAAGAUAAUUCGGGAAACGUCACAGUCUCAAGUAGCAACAGUAACGGGGAAUUUAUGAAGUUUGGAAGUCAUUUAAUUUCCUACAACGCAACUGAUGAAUUCGGAAACACUAACCAGUGUAACUUCACUGUCACUGUGAAGAAAUUACCAAAAAGCGUAUGUAAUAUCCCACCACAAGUAUUUCAUGGAGUAAUAUCGUGUCAUGACGGUCAUACUCUGACUUGUGGUAUAGACCAUUGCGAAACAGGAUAUCUUCAGACAAACGCCACAAAUCACGUUUGUAGCAACGGGAUUUGGAAACCACAGUUCUCGGCAGAAUUUGUCUCGUUGAGUUGUAUUAAACCGGAACCGACUCAUUUGGAAAGAAACUACACAUUUAGAUUCACUUGUCCCAACCUGAAGUUCAGUCCCAUUGCCCUAAGAGAUUGCAUAAAGCAAUUAGGUCUUUGUCCAACGGGUGAUAUUUUACUCUGUGACAAGCCUUUCCAGCGGAUAGAAGGAAAACACCUCUCCUCUAAAGAUCUCCAGAUCUGGACAACACUGGAGGGAAUAUUGCCGUAUGAAGCAAAUAAAGAUGAUCUUAUGAACAGAAUGGAUGACCACGGAAAGUCCAUCGCCGCUUAUUUUGAAUAUGGAAAAUUCAAACAAAUAUGUCAUCAACUCAAGUGCCAAUUUAAACACUUCAAAACUGAUCCCAUCCGAGAAGUUUGCGGAAAUGGGGCAGUUGAAUUCAUACUGCAUGAAAAAAGAAUAUGCCGGAAAUGUGGACCUGGUUGGUUCUAUGAUGGUGGUGAUUGUGUCCAAUGUUCGGAAGGAUUUUAUCAGGAUCAGUAUGGCCAAAGUGGAUGCAAAAAAUGUCCUGAUGGAACCACAUCACUCAUGGGAACAUUUAUUAAGUCAAGAUGCUUUGUGAAAGUCAUAGUUGAGAAGCAGACCUCAUCCUUUAAUACAUUAACGAUAGUAGGGAUAUCGAUAUCGGGGUCACUACUGAUUGUUUUCAUUGUCUUGAUUGUGAUGGUCAACAAAUGGAGAAUGUCUGCCAAUAGAACGAAUUCUGAUAAUAAUUUAAGAACUGAAGAACAUACACACCAUACUGUUUUUGACGAAACAUUAUCCGAAGUAUAUGACGAAAUAAAAGAAGACAGAGUGUUCGAGGGAUACAUAAAUCACAAACCGGGAAUAUCAGAUACAGAUGGUGGAUAUGAAUCUCUUCCAGAGAGGCAACACGUUGAAAACCCUUAUACGAGAAUGAGUUGGAGGAACUACUGAUAGAAUGUUAAAUAGAAUAUUUGGUAGUUUUAAUAGUAUACAUUGCUAUAUUUUAUUCAUUAGUUAGCAUUUGUCUACAUAUGUUUAUCAUAUCUGUUUAUAUAUAGCUGCUAUAAGAUAUUGUGAUCAAUUCAUUUUCACAUAUAUAAAUUGUUCUGGAAGUGAUGUUCGUAUUGGCAAGAUUUUUGUGAUAGCAAUAAAUGUACACACCACAUUGUGGUCCACUAUCCUCCAAACACUCCAAGGCAGAAUCCACCGACUUAACCAGUUGGACCCCUUAAAAGGACUGGUUCACGAUUUGUGAUAAAAAUAUUUUUCAUUUUCGAUGUUAAACAUUAAAAAUAUGUCAUUCAAUGUUGACAGCAAAAUUUUUGACCUUCUGAAUGCAAGAAUAAAAGCAAUAUUUUAACCUUAAAUAUGUGUUGUGUAAACAAAGACUCGAGUAUUUUUAUGUAUAUAAACAAACAAGUUAAAUAUUGAUUGUGUA